AUGAACGAGGACUUCCAAGAAUUUAGGAACGCCUUCGUACGACUAGCCGGCGAGUGUAACCGCCCAGCAGAAACCUGGAAGCAGGAGUUCAACUGGAAGCUCCCGACCGACAUCCAGAACGCCCUCCUCUUCGGAUACGGUGAGGAUACUGUCGACUUUACGGCUUUUGUGCGUAUGGCCAAGAAGUGUGUGGAGAACAGUCAGCGCCUGUGGAAGUCCAAGCACAAGGAUAACAAGGGUAAGGACAAAGAUAAAGGCAAGGAUAAUAAGAAUACUUCUAGCAAGGCUAGGGGUUCGUCAUCUUCGUCUUCAUCCGCAGCCAAGGGCUCGGGAUCUCAACGCCCCCCUAACAUGUCGAAGGAGGAGGCGCGCAAGCUGCUGGAGGAAAACAAGUGUUUCGUCUGCAAGCAGACUGGUCAUCGUUUCCGGGAUUGCCCUAACAAGCGUAACAAUUCGAACCGCAUUAAUAAACUCCCUUCCAGGGAUUGA